CGGGAGUGGGUUGUCUUACUCUGGCAAAAAGAUCCCCUCCAAUUACUAUCAUCAUAGAUGGAAUGACUGUGAACUGUACUUUGUCUGUUCUCCCCCUACCCGAUGGAGUGCAAGCACUAAUAGGGAGAGACGUUCUUGCUCAGAUGGGGAUGGUUCUAACUAAUUAACCAAGACCCUCUUUAGCAUGACAGCCAUUGCCUGGACUUUCCCGAUCCCUCUCCAAUGGAAAACAGAAACGCCGGUGUGGGUAGAGCAAUGGCCCUUAAAAAGGGAAAGUCUAUUAGAAGCACAUGCCUUGGUGUCAGAACAAUUACAACAGGGACACUUGCGUUUAUCAACGAUUUCUUGGAAUACUCCUGUCUUUGUAAUCAGGAAAAAAUCUGGAAAGAACAGGAUUUUACAUGAUCUACGUGCAGUAAAUGCCCAGAUGCAUACUAUGGGGGCACUACAACCAGGACUACCAAACCCAACUAUGCUCCCACACAAUUGGUUCCUGUUAAUAAUUGAUCUUAAGGACUGUUUUUUCACUAUUGCAUUGCAUGAGCAAGCAUUCACUGCCCCUGCUAUAAACAAAGAGGGACCAGCGCAGCGUUUUGUGUGGACAGUGUUACCUCAGGGGAUGAAAAAUUCUCCCACAUUUUGUCUGCUUUACGUGGAUGCUGCAUUACAGCCAAUUAGAAAAUCAUGGCCCUCUACAGUGAUCUACCACCACAUGGAUGAUUUACUGUUUGCUCAGUCCACUAAUUUUACAGAAAAUCAAAACCAGCAGUUAGUUAACCGGUGGCAGCAACAAGGUUUAGUCAUAGCCACUGAGAAAAUUCAAGAAUCCAGUCCCUGGCAUUAUUUAGGCUGGCAAAUCCCAGACUCUGUCAUUCGGCCUCAAAGGUUAUCAAUCAAUACAGAGAUUGCCACCUUGCACGAUGCUCAAGAUUCUUAG